GCCGUAGUUGCAUCUGGAAGUUGCCAUAGAGUAGUUCUGAGGUUAGGCUUUGUUCUUAGUUCCUAGGCCCGAAUCUCAUAUUUCUGGCUGCAGUUCAAGUCUAAAAGCUUGGAAACAGGGUUACAUUCAGGCUGCAGCACCCUCCGCUUGCUCUAAGACACAGCUUCGUCUUUUCACCUUCACCUUCUUUUCCUAAUGACGUCAUUAGUUUUGUGGCUUGCACACAUCGACGCGGCGUAAACCGCAUUGCGUAAACCGCAUCGACACGCCUUCUUCACCUUUGUGGCUUGCACACAUCGACGCGGCGUAAACCGCAUUGCGGCAGAACAGAAUCGUCGUCGUCGUUGUUACUUGUCAUCGACGUAGUACUUCAACCAAAGUGGCGAUAUUGCUACGGAAAACAGCGAUCUGUUACAGUUAUUGUUACGGGUCGCCGCUUUUCGCUCGACUCUGGAGGUUCGAUCAGCCCACCUGAUAGCCGUUUGCCCUCUUCCUCGCCCCUGGUUCAACGACGUGAGGAACCGUCAACUCUAGCACGAGAAGCGGGAAGUAGAGCCUUAAGAGCCGUUAUAGACCAGCCACGAGUAGGUGUUAGUCGUUUGCCAUUCGAACGCCAUUAGAAUGCCAUUAGAACGAGAAUAUAGUCGUUAGACGGAGAGUCGAAGUAUUUCCUUCAUGCUUUUUGCCUUGCGAGGCUCAUCAUGUCGGCACGGGAAGCGCGAUGGAUGGCUAGAAUGCCUACCGAGCCCACGUCCAGAUCGCGCGCGAAAUCCUCGCCCUGGUUACCGGUUUCGCCUGCCGUCGUGACGGUAUGGAGGCCUCGCGGGAAGGCUGCUACAAUACCGAGAGCGUGCGGGAGGUCCACGUCAUCACUGCAAUUGUCGCUCAUCGUGACGGUACUGCUAGCGCUGGCGGGCGGUCGAUGCCACGUGGCAGCUGUGCCUGUCGUCGCCAACGAAUGGAACGCUCUUAUUACAAUCCGAGACACCAUGGGCUUCGUGACUCCCAGCCGCAGCCCCAAGGUGUACUGGACGGCCAACGACGACUGCUCGUUCCUGUUCGGAGUCAACUGCAACGCCAACGGCAACGUGAUUGUGCUGUACCUGUUCAACGCUCUGGGAGCUGUUCCAGCAGCAAUCGGCAACCUCACUUUCCUCUCCGCUAUUACCACCACUGGGAACCUUACUUCCCUGCCUACGGAAUUCUCAAGACUAACGAAAAUGACAUUCCUAUCCAUGAGCAGGAGUGGCAUUUCCGGGCCCUUCCCAACAAUGAUCACCGCUCUUCCGAAGCUCAAAGAUGUCAAGAUGAUCAACAACUCCAUGUCAGGAGCAAUCCCACCUGCAUUCUCUGCUCUAACUAACCUAACUGUCCUCCGACUGGACACCAACAAAUUCACGGGCUCGAUUCCUGUUGGCCUUUCCAAACUCGUGGCUCUAACACAACUUAACCUGCAGGACAAUCAGCUCACUGGAUCCAUCCCUGCUGCGCUCUCCGCACUCAAGGCAUUGCAGACACUUGACCUUCGGAAAAACAAGCUGACCGGCACCAUCCCCGCUCAACUCAGUACCCUCACCAACCUAGAUGGACUCUACUUGAACGGAAACGCACUCACAGGGGCCAUCCCAAGCCAGCUCAAGACUCUCACCAACCUUCGCUUCCUCUUCCUCGACAACAAUGCCCUCACAGGCUCGAUACCUGCGUCUGUCUCCUCCUUCGCCUCCCUAGUAUACUUGAGUGCGUCCAACAACAAGCUCUCGGGCUCCUUGCCUGCCGGCCUUUCCUCUCUUGCCACGCUACAGUACCUAGGCCUGGCGAACAACACCCUAACUGGAUCUAUACCCUCCGUUCUCUCAUCCCUCGGCUCUCUAGCCAUAAUGUUCCUCAAUCGCAACUCACUCACUGGCUCGCUCCCUCUCCAACUCUCGGAGCUCACCUCCCUCUUCUCCCUCGACAUCUCUCGCAACAAGCUCAACGGCUCUCUGCCUCCCAUCUUCACCAGCAGCAUGCCGUUUCUAGGCUUCCUAGACCUCUCCUACAAUUCCUUCCUGGGCCGGCUGCCUCCCUCCCUGGCCACCUGCCAGACGCUAUACGAGCUUGACGUCAGCCACAACUACCUCAGCGGCAUCGUGAUGCCCAUCAUCAGCUCGCUGACGUCACUACAGUCACUGGACCUCUCCUCCAACUAUUUCACUGGGCCAGUCCCCCCCAUGAGCUCAGCCCUACUCGCCCAACUCUACAACGUCCAGAACAACUAUUUCUUCGGCUCGGGCAACAUUGUCGACCUCGCUGGAAAUUCCAUCUGCCCGAACGCCUCCUCUGCUGUCCAAACCUCCAAUAACUGCCUCUUAUACGCAUCAGACACGUGCACUAGCAGCACGAGCACAGGUGGUAACCCUGUUACGGUUAAUGAGCCACAGAGGACGGCAGCGGAGUGCACCAGCUUUUGCACGACGAGUUUCAAUCUGGUUACCACUGCGGGGAGUAACAGCCAGUGCACGUACGGAAUUGGGGUGUGUUUGGUGACGGCAGUGGCAGCGACAACUGGUGCGGUUACCAUCAAGUGUAACUGCACGUGGGCGGGGUCGACUCUUGCUGCUAAUGGAACUGCCUGCCUGCCUCCUCGUGACUCCCCCUCCCUCUCCACCACCUCCUCCCCCUCUUCCCCCCCAACCCCCGCCUCCUCUCCCACCUCCCUCCCCCCCACCAUCACCACCACUCCCAUCCCCUCCCCCAUCUCCCCCACCUCCCCCUCCCCCUCCGCCAUCUCCUCCACCCAAUCCUCCCCCCUCUCCCCCAUCCCCCCACCUAGUCCUCCCCCUUCCCCGCCUCCCUCCCCUCCUCCCCCUCUUCCAUCUCCUCCCCCAAGCCCCCCUCCCUUUCCCCCUCCCUCCCCUCCUCCUUCUCCCCCCCCAAGCCCUCCCCCCCUUUCCCUCCACCUUCCCCCCUCCUUCACCCCCACCUCCUCCCUCCCCUCCUCCCCCUCCGUCCCCACCUCCUCGCCCUCCUCGCCCUCCCCGUCCCCCACCAAACCCCCUCCCUCCCCCCCACCCUCACCACCCCCUCCCCCGUCUCCACCUCCCUCACCGCCUCCCCCUUCCCCUCCCCCAUCCCCGCCUCCUUCCCCCCCACCUCCUUCCCCUCCCCCAUCUCCUCCUCCUUCCCCCCCACCUCCUUCUCCUCCCCCCUCUCCCCCUUCCCCCCCACCAUCCCCACCAAAUCCACCUCCUUCCCCUCCUCCUCCUUCCCCUCCACCUCCUUCCCCUCCUCCUCCUUCCCCUCCUCCUCCUUCCCCUCCUCCUCCUUCCCCUCCACCUCCCUCCCCUCCCCCACCAUCCCCCCUCCUUCCCCUCCUUCCCCUCCUCCCCCAUCUCCUCCACCUUCUCCCCCUCCACCCUCCCCUCCUCCCUCACCUCCCCCUCCAUCCCCCCCCCCGUCACCUCCCCCGAGUCCUCCCCCCUCCCCACCCCCCUCACCUCCUCCUAGUCCUCCCCCCUCCCCUCCUCCCUCCCCCCCUCCCUCACCCCCACCUCACCCCCCUCCUUCCCCCCUCCAUCCCCUCCAUUCCCUCCCCCUUCCCCUCCACCUUAUCCUCCCCCGUCUCCCCCACCAUCCCCUCCCCCUUCCCCUCCACCUCAUCCUCCCACGUCUCCUCCACCAUCCCCUCCCCCUUCCCCUCCACCUCAUCCUCCCCCGUCUCCUCCACCAUCCCCUCCCCCUUCCCCUCCACCUCAUCCUCCCCCGUCUCCUCCACCAUCCCCUCCCCCUUCCCCUCCACCUCAUCCUCCCCCGUCUCCUCCACCAUCCCCUCCCCCUUUCCCUCCACCUCAUCCUCCCCCGUCUCCUCCACCAUCCCCUCCCCCUUCCCCUCCACCUCAUCCUCCCCCGUCUCCUCCACCAUACCCUCCCCCUUCCCCUCCACCUCGCCCUCCCCCGUCUCCCCCACCAUCCCCUCCCCCCUCUCCUCCGCCUAGGCCCCCCCCUUCACCUCCCUCCCCUCCACCACCUCCCAUGUUACCAUUAUUGGAGUGUUACAAGACAAGUCUCAACAAUAAGUGCUCUUGUUUUUGCCCCUUUUUCAACAACUGCUAUUGCUUACAAUAAUGAAUUAUGCGUAAAUGAUACUCGUGUAAAUGAUAACAUGCAACUGUCCUUCAGCAGCAUACAGUAGUUGGAAAUUGG